AUGUUGAUACACUCCUCUGAAGCAGAUACGCUCAACUCCAUUCGUCUAGCUCUCGAGCACGACGAACAGCAGAUCCGCGUCAACGACAGCACCGGCGAGGUCUAUGAUAUCACCAUCUCAAGGUCCAACCCCUAUGCAUCGCCCUUCGUCUCCCCUUCUGCGACCGUCAACGACGCCGCUCACGACGCUUCACUGUCUGGCGCAAAUGGUCACACAUCAACAUCCUCAUCAGCAGGUCACCGUAUCCUGAGGCUACCACAGCUCGUAAGCAAACGCGCGCACGGCAACCAUCACCCUGUUCAACAGCCAGCCACCGUCGAGUCGCCAGGCCCUGUCGAAAAGCAGCUGCCCGAUAUCCAGGAGCUGAGUCCUGGUCGCACUUCACAGCAGAGUGCCGUCUCUUCCCAUCGCUCGGGCGGUGCCUCGCCCGCAUUAGUUGAGCCUAUCGCUCGUCAGGAUGCAGCAUCCAAGUCGCAGUCAAGCUUCACUGCCCCAACACGGCAUCACCCGUUCCUCAGCGAGCUGCCACCCUCACCGCCUCUUGAGGCCGACUACGUCAGUGGCCACGACUCGCGCAAUGGCCUCAUGAGCCACGUUGCAAACGGAUCGCCAGCUCACGUUCCCACUUACCCUGGCAAUGGCGCAGUGCCAUCCUCGUCGAAAGCACUGGAACAGGUAGCUGCGCCCGCUCCCGCCCCCAUCUCGCUGCCAUCUAAGCCACCCGUCGCUCGCCGCGCCAACACAUCGGACGCGGCGACUUUGAUGGGAGCUGGAGCACCGGUCGCACAAAGUCCCGUAGACGAGCCCACGUCCAUCAACGGCGCUGAUGUCAACGCUGCGUCAUUGCCGCAAAAGCAGCAGCAAGCAGCGAGCAGUAGCGCGUAUUGUCCACCUGCCAAGCUCAAGGAACGCCGCAAUGCUUCCACCGCAUCCACCGCCAGCACUGCUUACCGUACCGCUUCGGAAGUAGGAGAUGACGAUGCGUCCGUCCCUCAACAAAGGAUGGCCUCCAACGGCUCGGCGUCGUCUCACUUGACCAGCGGCUACGAGGGCACCCCGGCAACGCCUACGAUUCGACUCACUCACGACGCUUCGCCUUACCACCACGAUGCUCAGAAGGGCGCCGAGGCGGGGUCAUCCCUGCUUGCAGUGGGCUCGCACGCGAACGGAGACCAGCCAGUGCCACCCAAUGGCAUUCCUCCUCGCCAGCACAUGUCACGUCGCAACACUACCGGCUCUGCGAUGCAAGGGCGACGCUCGCAGUCGGCUGGCAGCACCACCCAGUCGGUGCGCAGAUCCAGUCGUGACCGCGAGUCCACCUCGCCAUACCCGGGCCAACCUUGGCUCGCUGACGCGCUCAACUCACCGACAGCCGAAGGCUCGACGCACGCCCUCCGCACCGGUGAUGCCGCUUUCGACGAAGAAGCCGCCAAGCAUGCCGAGCAGCUGCGCAGGGACCGUCGCUACAAGGAGCAAAAGGCACGCGACGCAGCAGCCGAAGGCUCAUCAGGGGACAAGGACCACACCGCCAUCGGUGCUGCAGCUGGCACGGACGGUGUGGUGGGUGCUCUGAAGCGUUCGAAGACGGGCCGCGACUGGCUCAAUGUCAACGCCAAAGACAAGGAGCGCACCGACCGCGUACGCGAGCGCGAUGAAGAUGCCGUGCCCAAGGUGCUGGUGGGCAAUCUCAUCGGAGAAGGCCACGCCAACUACGUGCUCAUGUACAACAUGCUCACGGGUAUCCGCAUCGGUGUCUCGAGGUGUCAGGCCAAGAUGAAGCGUUCGCUGUGCGACGCCGACUUUACCGCCAAGCACAAGUUCACAUUCGAUAUCAUCGGACGAGAGCUGACGCCGCACGCCAAGUACGAUUUCAAGUUCAAGGACUACGCACCGUGGGUGUUCCGUGAGCUGCGCGAGCACUUCCACCUGGAUGCCGCCGACUAUCUGCUGUCGCUCACGUCCAAGUACAUCCUGAGCGAGCUGGGCUCGCCAGGCAAGAGUGGAUCGUUCUUCUACUUCUCGCGCGACUACCGCUUCAUCAUCAAGACCAUCCGACACUCGGAGCACAAGUUCUUGCUGCGCAUUCUCAAGGACUACCACGAGCACGUCAAGGCCAACCCGCACACGUUGCUGAGCCGCUUCUACGGAUUGCACCGUGUCAAGCUGCCGCACGGUCGGAAAAUCCACUUCGUCAUCAUGAACAACCUGUUCCCACCGCACCGUGACAUCCACGAGACGUACGAUCUGAAGGGAUCGUCGAUCGGCCGCGAUUACCCGGAGGAGAAAGCAGCGGCGAAAUCCGGCGCGGUGCUCAAGGACCUCAACUGGCUCAGGCGCGGGCGCGAGAUCGAGCUGGGCCCGGAGAAGCGAGCGCUCUUCGAAGCGCAACUGCGCAGUGAUGUUGCCCUCAUGCAGCGACUCAACAUCAUGGACUACUCGCUGCUCAUCGGCCUGCACGACAUGCGCCGCGGCAACAUCGACAACCUGCGUCAGGACAACCUGCGCGUCUUCCAGCCCGAGACCAAGGAGCUCAAGCGUCAGCCUACGCAGGUGAAGAAGCCUGGUAACGAGCAGGACGCCUCUGCACUGCGACAGGCCGUGCGUCGGUCUGAUCCGAAGGCGCUCAACUCGCAGCAGGUGACCAAGCUGCCGGACCGCGAUGUGAGCGAACGCCGCCACUUCCUCUUCUACCAGGACGAGGGCGGAUUCCGAUCGACGGACGAGCACAAUCAGCCGGGACACAUGAUCUACUAUCUUGGUGUCAUUGAUCUGUUCACGCCGUACACGUCGAUCAAGCGCGGCGAGACGUGGUGGAAGGGCCUGAGGCAGAAUCGACACAUGAUCAGCUCGGUCCCGCCCAAGGAGUAUGGUCAGCGCUUCUUUGAUUUCCUCUGCAGCGUCGUCACCGGCGGGGAUAAGAGCCGGAGGCCAAAGAUGUGGGGCUUCACGGAGAAGGAUCUGGCCAAGGCCAAGGCGCAGGAGAAGGCCAAUGGUAAGGCUCAAGUUGAAGGAGAUGCGCAGACAGAGAAGGCGCCGGAGAUGGUCCAACAGCAGUAG